GCUUGGGAUGUUGAGUCCAGGAAGUGGGCGGUGAAAGGUGCUGCUGGAGGAGCCGCACACAAUUGCAGAUUUGAGAUAUCGCCUACAUUCGUGUGGAAAAGUAAAAGAAUGACACGUUCCAGGUGGAAGGUGUAAUCAUGAGUGCGCAAAGAAAGUAUUAAAAGAAGAGAAAAAGUACACCGUGACACGUCAGCGCUGUGCGGACUCGGCUCAUGUGAAUGACAGCUGGGAUAAUAAAGAAUGCCGAAAACGCGUAGUGUUGAAGACAAAAAGUAAACGGCUGCUGCAACUUUAUGUCGAUGCAUUUUAAAUCUCAUCUGCAUAUUUGAAUUUUCCUGGAAUGCAUUUCAGGAGACAAAAGACAAGACGGUGUUAAAAUGGUGGCUGAUUUUGUGCUCAAAUAGUAAAUGGGAGUAAUGAUUUACUCGCCUGCGAUGUGGUUUUAAUUACGCGACUGUGAGUUGUUGGCCGCCGGCCCCGUACGGCCGCAGUUGGGCGCGCCAUUUGGAAAGGCAGCGCUUUACUUUUAUUUUCCAUUACUGUAAACGUACAUUGACGUGAAAUGACCGACAUGGGGAAAUGCAAGCCGUCCAAGCCCACGCCGAUUGGGUUCAAAAUUGUUCUUUUGCAACAAAUCAAGUGAGACGGACAGAAAACGGGAAAGAGAGCUACUGAGAGAGACGGGCCCAGCUAAAUGUGCCACUGUCCACUGCUCCUGAGAUGUCGCUGGCCAGGAUACGCUUUGACCCCAGGCUUCAUCGCUGUGCUCGCUGAAAGAUGAACAUCUGUGGUAGGAAUCCCAACAGGACAGCUCCCGAAAAGGAAGAUGGAACUCCAUAUCCUACCGAUCUCCCACAGUGCUCCAGGACAAAUGGAUGGAGCUGGCCGCCCCAUCCUUUCCAGCUUCUUGCUUGGCUUCUCUAUGUCUUCUUUGCCAUCCUGGGCUUUGGUGUGUUUGUGCCUCUCUUGCCACGUCAUUGGGUACCUGCUGGGUAUAUUUGCACCGGUGUUAUGUUUGUUUGCCACUUGUUUGUCCACCUCUCAGCCGUCACCAUUGAUCCUGCAGACAGGAAUGUCCGAGCAAAGAAAUAUAAAGGGCCAGUUCCAGUGUUUGACCGCACCAAACAUGCACACGUGAUUGAAAACUGCCACUGCUACCUUUGCGAAGUAGACGUGAGCGCCAAAUCCAAACACUGCAGCACAUGCAACAAAUGUGUUGCUAGUUUUGACCACCACUGUAAAUGGUUAAACAAUUGUGUGGGCAGCAGGAACUACUGGUUCUUCCUGAACAGUGUGAUUUCAGCUCUGCUGGGAAUUCUUGUGGUCGUCAUCAUCUCUUUUUAUGUGUUUAUACAGUUUUUUAUAGAUCCUGCCAUACUCCGUUCUGAUAAGCACUUUCAAGGAAACAGCAAUGAAACAGAUAUCUGGUAUGUUUUCCUGCCGAUUUCUCCUGUGUUGACAACAGCGCCGGCCAUUUUGUCUCUGGCUGGCAUCACUACGUUCCUAGGGCUUCUCUCCAUCUUCCUCCUGGCACACCUGCUCUGCUUUCACAUCUAUCUCAUGUGGAAUAGACUAAGCACAUAUGAGUAUAUUAUGAGGCAGAGACAUCGCCAGGAGGGGAAAACCACCGAAAAUGACUAUGAAGGCAAUGAUUCUGUACCUUCAAAACUCAAGCCAAUGAAGGAUGUUGGCUACUCAGGGACAUUAGGAUAUACCAUUCCUGAAAUAUUGGUGGAAGAUCCAGCUGCCAUGAUAACAUCUGGAAAACAGGUCAAGAAUUUCCACAAAAAUGGAGCCCUGGGGAACUCCACCAGCAGUAAGUCUGACACAGAUCCUGUUCCAGCCAUUCCUGAUGAAUACCAGCAUUCCAGCAAACUGAGGAAAUCAAGCAGUGAGAAAAAAAGAAAGAAAAAAGUCCAUAAGCAGCCAUCAGAAGUUAUCAAUGAUAGAUUACUGGAGAAUAGUUUAAACACCUUACCAACAGCCUGUCCUUCUGAUUCAGAUUCUCCCAAUGGUGCUGUUACCACUGCUGCCUCUCAGAGCCUGAUGCUCCCAAUCCCAGCCUUUCCACAAAGAGAAAUACUACCUCCCAUGAUGCCUGACAACAUAAACGCAGUUCAGCCGGCUGGGCCACCUGCUGAAUAUAAUUCUGAUUCUGCAGAAUCAAUGGACGAGAUCCCUGUGGCACAGACCCGCUCGGGCAGCACAGCACUCAGUGGCACCAGCAGCAAUGGAAGUCAUCGACAAAGUAUACAGAGCUGCCUGGGGAGCGCACGGCCAAACCUUCACCCUAAGCCUCACCACCAAGUGGAUGUCCGGGAUUCUCGGCCACAGCCUCCUUUACCUUUGUCUCAGCUCAAGGCCAAACGGAAAAUCUCUAAGAGCACAUUGACGCCGGAAGAUAAAUUUGAGCUGAUAAAUCAAACUCCCACAGUAUACCUGACUAAGAGUAGUGGGGAAUUCACGGUAAGUGCCACCAACGUCAAAGCCUCUUCAGGGCGUAGCAGCCGAAAAAGGAAUGGCAAGCGAAUGCAGGAGGGCACGAACAAUAUGGACAUGAAUUUGGGGGAUCCAGGUGUCUUAUCCUAAAAACAAUAAAAGCAUUUUGGAGAAUCAGCCUAGAGUAGCACUGUGCUUGUCAUCGCUCACAAUAAACACUGAGUAGGUUAUAUUCAGUUUUUCUUUACUCUUUCAAAAAGGUAUCUGCAGGCAACUUUUUGUCCCCACUCUGUAAAUUGGUAAAUAUUUCUUAAAUACUGAAUAUUUUUGAAUGUCUGGGUUGAGUUCACGAAGGUUUUUGAAGCGCAGAUGGCUAAAACUUAUUGGGAAACACUAACUGUUUUCUUGAGGCUGUGUGAAGGCUUGGUGAAAGCUAACAGCUACCUGCUUGAGGUCUGCUGCAGUUCAAAUGUACUUCACGGCAUUAAGACGAUGUAACAGUACAGUUGACAGCUGCUGGCGCACACAUUGAGCUGGAGGAAAACCCUGCAUAUGUUGGAAGUGGUUUGAUGGUGUCGAGUGGGUAAUGAGAGCAUAUUGAUAAGUUGGGAUUUGUUUGUUCAGAGAUGGCAUUCUGAGAUUUUGUGGCACACUGGAGCUGAGAGGGUGUUUGACCCGCACUCGCAUCUAGAAGUCUGCAUGCUCGGCAGGCUGAGGCACUUUGGACCCAGAAGAACAUACCGAGCGGCAGCAUCAGGCACAAAUACCCUGACCUUUCUUUCAGUGCCCCGCUUUGUGGUACAUUUAAAACUUUUAUUCUAAUGACUGCCUGCUCCAUAUUCUUGAUUUUUAAGCGGCAACUGCCAGACGUCUUUUGAGGCAGCCUUGCAAAGCAACGCAGUCCCAGUGUUCUUAAAUGUACUAAUGUCGUGUCAGGUUGUUUGGUGGUCUCCUAUUGACAGAUCUCAGUAUGGCCUAGGUCAGAACCAUUGAAAACUUGCCCUUUUUAUUCAUGAGUCACACCAGCGGAGCUGUGACCUUAUGCAUUGAAUCAUCGUCCUAAUUACAGAUUAAUAAUUAAAAUAAACAUGUGGCCACUUUUAAAGUGCUGAUAGAGUUUUUGAUCUAGCAUUUCCAUUUUCCUCUGAUCAUAGCAUGCCAUCCAGUUGUCAUUAAGGACAAUCAUUGCCAUGUCCUGACACUUUACACUUUGACCAGAAAGCUUUGCUUUUGUCACAUUCCAUUAUAAAUGUUAUCCUCAGAUUUGCAGUAUUGUUUACUGUAGAGAGUUUGAUGCGAACGUAAUGCCUGCUUUGGUCAACGUUGCAACAUUUUUACUUCCCACUAAUGUCAGCAGCUCUUUCACUGCUGUGGCAGUCCUUACCAUGGUUUCUUUUAUUUUUCCUCCUUGUCCAACAGUAGGGUGUGUAGGGAUGUUGUGAUGUUGGCGGUUUACGUGUUAGAAGGCCGCUUUUGGCUUGUUCUGAUUGAGAAGACGGUGCUCAUGGGAACAUUCAAAGAACAUGAUGACUGUUUGCCAUGCUCCAUUAACAGUGCUUUGUGUAGAUGUUUUAUUAUUAUUAAUCAUGACAGCUGCUGUUACUACACUUACAGGAGUCACUGAACUAAUUAAUAGUGUUAUGCAGCUCCGCAUUCGUUUAGGUUUCAUUUGAAUGCUUAUGCAAUCAUGAUAUUUACAUUUUUUUUUUUUUUACCUGGUAAAGAUGAAGUUUGGUUUGUCGGUGAGCCUGCAUUGUGUAGACUGCCGCCAAAACAUCCUGGUUUAAAGGACCUUCUCUGGAGUCCUGUGACCUUAUGAUGGAUAAGCGACUUUAGAGGACAGGGUUAGGGUUAGGGUUAGGGUUGCCUUUGCUUGCUUCCUUAAACGUUUUUGCUUUGUGUAUUUUGGAACUUUAAAGCAUCAGAAUGUGAGAGCUGUGCUUGAGUCUCGAUCUCCAGGCAUACAGAGCCCAAGGAGAGGAAACAGCUGAACCUUUAUCUGACAUCAUGAGUGCUGUCCCCGGGUGCUUUACGUGUACGGCUCCACAGUUGUUUACAUUUUUGGAUUUAUUGCAGCGUAGGCAGGUUAGGUGACACGCUCAGGGUCAGACAGUGAGGCGGAGACGGGCAGUGAAAUAAGCAGCCUUAUGGCUUACAGUCCAGUGCCUUAAUCAUAAGGCCACUCAGCCUGGCUAAGAGGGGAGCAAAGCUACAAUUAAGUGAAACCUAAAUCUAGCGACUGUCGUGUGCCUGACAGAGACUCGCCCUGCGGUGUGUCUUGUGAAAGAGGUGAAACGCACUCGGAUUACUUCUGGGAACUGAAGUGUGUCAUGGUACCGAAAUACUCUGCCUCUUUCAGGUUGUCCAUGUUGCUGCUGCCUCUUUUGAUUGGCUAGCUGAUGUCCUAACUCCUUAAACGUGGUGGUGGUCUCCCAGUUUGGAUUCUCUUUCCUUUUGGCAGGGUUUACUUUCUGAUGUGAAUCUUUCCACGUCCUUUGUCAGUGUAGCGGUGAGGGUGAGUGUGCAGGACGACUCGGCGCCCUGAACUAGAAGCCAUGGGGUGGAUUACCAACUGACCACCAGAGCAGUAAUAAAGCCCACUCUCUCUUCACAUUCAUACUUGGGUUUGCAUUUUCUGUUUUAUUUAUUUAUUUUUUUGUCGAUUUCCACCUUAGCACUGUGAACCCAUUCUGCAAAAGCAGUGUGUUGUUGUUUUUAUUGCUCGUUUUAUUGUGUAAAGGCAUUUUAUAUGUUUUUUUUUUUUUAAAUAAGCACACUUUAUAAAAGUUUUCACUAUGAGAUUAUAGAUAACAAAUAUUUCUUUUUAAUAUUUUACUGGAGGAACUGAACUACAUUAUGGCCUGUCUGAUUUUGUGUGUGAUGUUUUAAUAUAAAUGAAAAUAUAUAUAUAUACAAAACUUUUUGUAUACAUUCACAUUUAAAUAUAAAUAUUCAGAAGUAAUACAGUAAACAAUCUUAUAUUUUGUACAAAACUAUGAAAUGCAAUAUUGCUUUGAACCUUGUGCGUAUUUAUUUUAUAUCUGUCCAUGAACCUUCUACGCAUACCUCUGUUCAUCACGAGUCACUUCUGUGCUGCGCUAAGUAUAGAAGAUAAAGUGUUUCAAUUAAAGUUUCCAGCAUUGUCCACAAAUCCACCUUCUAAAUACCUGUCCAUUACUCUCCCAAAUGUUUCAGAAGGAUCUUUGUGUAAAAUGAAGCAUUGUAGGUCAGCUCUGCACGUCUGUGUUCAGCACAGGGAGCAGAAAUGGUUUGACGCGUUGUUCUCAUUAUUGAUGAUAAACACACACUUUUGUUUUACUGAAUAUGGUUAUCAAGUUUUUUAGCAACAGACUUGUCUGAUUUAGACGUUAAUUCCUGCUGUAAUGUUUACGUGCAGAGAGGAAAGAGAAAGAGGAUGCUGCUUUUGAAAAGGAGAAACUUGAAACUUUACAAGUCAGUUAGUUCCUCGUCAAGUAAAGCAGCAUCCUCUUAACAUUAACGCCAUCCACGGCCUUCUCGUAGUCCUUCGUUCAUCUGCGACUCUGGACAUUUUAUCACUGUAUGUUAAUGAAUUCUUCUCACGUUCAAAGUUUCAUUGCCAGCGAGUUAGUGAACUGAACUGACAUUGUGCCGUUCACAUUACCGCACUUUGUAAGCCACAGUUCUGUUAUCACGUCAAACUUGUGUUGUAUUUUUAUGUUGAAAUCGACAUCUGCCCUUUUCGCAUACGUUUGUGCUUAGCAUGUUUUGCUUGUAGUGUCUUUAGUAUAAUUUAGAUGUACCGAUUGGGCGCAGCAUACUUGGGUGGUGUGUGUGUGACGGUGUGUGUACAACACAAACUGGCUUUUAUUGUAAUCUUUUGGGAGGUUUAAUUGUCCCCAGUGGUCUCCCGUUAUCUGCCACGUGGACCACCAAAGAAAUCCGUGUUUUUUAUCAGCAGCAUGGCUUUCUCUCAUACACACAUCACUGGAAAAGACAUUUUAUUAAAUCGGGCAACUUCUGUUCUUAGCUGUUGGUUCAUAAAUCUUCAAAGGAUCCAUCUUUAUAAAAUGAAAGCACCGAGAAGUGAUGUUUAGGACAAUAAAGGGUUGUAACGAGAUCAAGUAGCCUCGAUAUACUGCAGGUGGAUUGGGAGCGGAGAGGACAUUGUGAAGGAGACUCAAAACUGGUGCAUCCCGCUGCCUGUGGCCUCGUGUAAUGAAGUAGUAAGUCUGUUUUUUUAGUUCACAUUUUAUGAAGUGGUUUAGACAAUAAACACUAUUUGCACUAUAAAUUUAUACUGUAAAUAUUUUGUAUUUUCACCUAUCACAUGUCUUUUUUGCUCCCUCUCCUUCAGAUAAGUUGCUAUUCUUUUUUUGACUUUAUUUUGCAUUUAAAAUAUUAGCUGUCAUCUGUUUUCUUCUUUUUUCAAAUAAAAUAUUUUGCAUCAAUAUGGGAA